AUGAACGAUCCCUCUAUUCCUGAAGUACUACUUGAACGCUUCAAUCAGAGCUAUGACCAUAUGAAAAACAUCCACGCAGCUCUACGGAAGAUGGAAGGUGCUUCAAUUACCGAUGAGACCAUGGAGCAUCUAAGUAUCUCAGUCGCCAAAAUGGAGAUGGAGACAGGGUCUCCAUCUCCUUAUUUUGCUGCUAGUGAGGAAGAGAUGCCAGAUCCUACUCAAGAGAAAGUGGACGACGAGCCGUUUGCAACCAAGCAAUGGGAAUGGGGAUGCCCCUACACCAAGGCCACACCAUAUUAUUACCUGAUGAGGGCCUUUUUAUACUAUCAGACAGAUAUGAAAUGGCUCAACUGA